CAUGGGGAGGUGAAAGGCAGGUGACGUUGAGCUAAACGCCGUCCGUAAUUUACUCGAAUCACACUUAUUCUCGUUUUCAUCGAUGUCCAUUUUCCAACUAAAUCCAGAAAAGGUUACGGUGGAUUAACGUGCGCGUGGCACAAGCGGUCAGCGCACCAGCUGCAGACCGCGCUGCAGAUGUGAGCUGCCGCAGCGGGACCGGGGGUUCGGUAUGAUGCCACAGGACAGCAUGACUUCCAUCGUUCAGAGACUAGCCCGCCAGGCCCGCGUCACGUUCAGAAACCCUCCUCUGACUGUAGAAGCCAGCAAAACUUUCUUGGAAAACCAGAACAAGUUGAAGAGCAUGAUGACGGAAGUGAGAGCGACGGACCUGAAACUCGUUCCGAGGAAAAUGGAAACUUCGCCCGUUGCCCCGCACCCGUACCGCGGCGUACCUCCAGUAACGUACAUGCAAAUAUGCGAGACGGACGAGUUCAGCAUGGGGGUGUUUCUGCUAAGAAACGGGGCCUCAAUCCCACUGCACGAUCACCCGGGGAUGCACGGCAUGCUCAAAGUUCUGUACGGCAAGCUCAGAAUCACCUGCUUCGACAGGCUGGACAAAAUGUACCCCGAUGCUACACCCGGCGACCCUCAUUCACUCCCCCCGUUUCAGACCGGAGCUCUGAGACGGUCUGUGGUCCGGUCCACCGGGGACUACACGGACGAGAGCAUGCCGUGUAUUCUCUCGCCAGACCGAGACAACCUCCACCAAAUUGACGCUGUAGACGGGCCGACGGCUUUCCUGGACGUGCUGGCCCCACCGUACGACCCGGAUGACGGGAGGGAUUGUCAUUACUACGAAGUUUUACCGCCGCCGCCGGUGAGGGAAACUGGGGCCAAGAAGACUCCUCGGGAGGCGCACGACCAACCCAUGGAGGUUUGGCUCAUGGAAAUUCCGCAACCUCCUGACUUUUGGUGUGGCGGUGAGCCUUACCCAGGUCCGGAGGUCUCUCUCUGAGUCUGUGACUACAGCGUCUUCUUGUCUGCUUGUCGCUCUCGGUAGCUCUUGAGCAGUUUAUGGCAAAGACCGUUCCUGAAUAGAAUAAAAGACUGUAGGCAUUUUUCGGCUGGCAUUAGAUAGUCGGCCUUGAUGAAUCAGCUAAAUAUGGAGUUCAGGUUGUGGGAAAAAAAACACCUGCAUUUAAUCAUCUGUUCUUACAUUGUUUGCACUAAAAUAAAUUGAAUGGUUAUCCAUUAAAAGGUAACUUAUUCCUGGGUUGAGCUGCAUGGUAAUUCUGCUGACUGGAUCACCUGAAUGGUGGUGUUAUUAUUAAAAACAUGGACUUGAAGUGAUGGUUUCGUUUCUCUUAUGUGGACACACUGAUUGCAAAUCAAGUGGUCAUGUUUGAAAAAUGUGCUUGAUACGUUUAGUGUACUGUAAUCCCCACCAUGUCAUCGGCAGUAGUCAAACUCCAUUCUUUAUAGAGUUUCUGACGGUUAGAACAUGGCUAAAACAUCGUCCACCCAUCCAUCAUCCAAACCGCUUAUCCUGCUGUCAGGGUGGCGGGGAUGCUGGAGCCUAUCCCAGCAGCCACUGGGCGGCAGGCGGGGAGACGCCCUGGACAGACCGCCAGGUCACCACAGGGUAGUGUUGAUACGAUUUCUCUUCACAAGGUACAAAGGUCCGCAUGUAGCUCAAUGAUUGGAGCAUGAUGUUAAUAUUG